CGCUCCGGGAGCCUCGGGAACCUCGAGCGAGCUGCGAGGCGAGGCAGUCAGUCGCUCUCAGCUACGACAUGCAUAACGCAUGAGAGAGCCGAGCGAGAUCUUUUCCACCCGUUCGUUGUUGUCGUCGUCGUCGUCGCCGUCGUCGUCGUCGUCGUCGUUGUCGUCGUCGUCAUCGUCGUCGUCGACGUCUCUCCUCUCGCUCCCGCGUACGCACACUCGCACGGGAGACACCGCGAGGAAAACAUACACGCGCGCGCAAAAGUAGACAACGUCCCGUGCUCGUGCCGUUCCGCACUCGUAUCCAAGUUGUCGCGAAUCGGUUACGUUCCUCCGCGAGACCAUCGGCGUCCAGUGUCCGAGUCCCUUCGCGUCCUGCCGAGACACCCUCUCGGCUGACGGACCGCGAGUGUAGCGCGAGCCGCAACGCGCAACCCUCCUCGGCACGAGUCUUCGUCGAGUCGUUCGCGAUCGCGCCACAGCGAUGAGUGAUCGUCCGACACGCGAGUGAUUCGCUCUUUUGGAGUACUACUAGUCGUCGAGCAGCUAAGGUGUGCCGUUCUCGUGUGCCAGUUCAACGUAGGAGAUCCUCCACGGAGGAGGAGAACGGAGGCUGUCGCGAAGGAGAAAUUCGCGCUUCGAGUGUUUUGCACCGAGAGAAACGGACAGAAAGGAGAGGACACACAGCAUCGCAGGAAAUAAAACUAUGGACGGGUCGUUUGCAAGAGCGACGAUGUCUCUUGAUAGGAAUUUCGUGUGUCGCCGCGAGAGAUGGACUGUUGUAGUGUAUAACGUGUGAUCGGUGAUCGUCGAUCGGAAACGAUAAGAACUUACGGAAUUUCAACGUCUGUCACGGAUACAACGAGCCAGACAGCAAGAAGAAUAAACGAAAGAUUCGAAGACAGGGAGGCGAAGUAAGAAAGGGAGCGAAAAGGAGUAGGGUGCCCUAUUGAGGGCAGCCCGAAGGCCCGUUGGGCCGGCAAACAUUGAGGAAAUUUGCGCAACCGAUAAACUAGGGAAUAAGAAGAGAUAACAGGGUAAAGCCGAAAAGAAAGGGAGAAAGAAAAGGAACAGGAAAACGAAAGAGAGGAAGGAAAAGAAAAAGAUAACAGGGUUCGGCGGAACCUCUGUACGAGGGGAAGUAGAUGGCCGCUACCACGUACAUGCCGAUUAGUAGCGCAGUGUCGUCCGACCUGGAUGGUGGUUCGGGUACCGCGAUCGGGAUGAACAUCGCCGUGGGUGGCUACUCCUCGGGCUCGCCUCGCAGCGCCGCCGACGCCGGGGAGAUGAAGUACAUAACGACGCCUCAGCAUCAUCACCACCAUCAUCACCAUCACCAGGUGACGUCGUCGCCGUCGCCGAACGGCUUGUCGCACCCGUCGGCGAACCUAUCGUCGGCGAACCCAUGGGUGAGCCUGCAACCAAGCAGCGACCAUUGGGCGGCCUCGAUGGGCAUGCACCAUACGGGCCAUCACCCGCACCAUCAUCCGCACCAAACGAAUCCCGGGUUAGACGUGAAACCGCUGGCGGCUGCGGCCGCAGCGGCAGCCGCCGCGGCCAACGACCAGUCGAUGCAUCCUCACCGUGGCGGUCCUCAUCAAUCGCCCGGAAUGGCCUCGCCGCAUUCUUGGCACGCGCCGGUUGUCCCGUCGGCCCAUUAUAAUCCGAGCGGUGGCGCGGCCUCGCCCACCACCCUUCAACAGUACCAUGCCGCGAUGAACGGUAUGCUCCACUCGCAUCCCCAUCAACAUCAUCCGCAGCUGCAGAAUCACCAGACCGGGCUUCACCCGAACUUGAGGGAUCCCGGCUCGCCGGUCGGUCACUCGCUUCACCCAGGCCACGCGCACGACAGGGAUCACAGCGCCGGCGAAGAGGACACGCCGACAUCCGACGAUCUCGAGGCGUUCGCGAAACAAUUCAAGCAACGGCGCAUCAAGUUGGGUUUCACCCAGGCGGACGUCGGUCUCGCGCUCGGUACUCUCUACGGCAACGUCUUCUCGCAGACGACGAUAUGCAGGUUCGAGGCUCUCCAGCUGAGCUUCAAGAACAUGUGCAAGCUGAAGCCGCUGCUGCAGAAGUGGCUCGAGGAGGCGGACUCGACGACCGGCUCGCCGACCAGCAUCGACAAGAUCGCGGCACAGGGAAGGAAACGAAAGAAGCGAACGUCGAUCGAGGUGUCGGUCAAGGGCGCCCUCGAGCAACACUUUCACAAACAGCCGAAACCCUCCGCCCAGGAGAUCACCACUCUGGCGGACAGUUUGCAGUUGGAGAAAGAGGUGGUCAGGGUGUGGUUCUGCAACCGGCGGCAAAAGGAGAAGAGGAUGACGCCGCCGAACACGCUCGGCGAGGGUAUCAUGGAGGGCAUGCCGCCCGGACAUCAGGGACAAGGGGGCCUCCACCAGGGUUACCAUCCGCAGGAUCACCUGCACGGCUCGCCGAUGGGCCACAGCCACAGUCCACCCAUGCUCAGCCCUCAGGGCCUUACGGCUCACUCGUUGGCGGCUCACUAGCGUUCGCCCGGGCCUCCCCCGUUGGGCCUGUCGAUAACUUCUCAAAACUCGGUGAACAACCCUACUUCCUCGCCGCCGGAGACGCUCCCUCCGUUCUAUCAUCAUUACCUGCAAGCGCGCACCGGCAGCUACUCCACCACUUCGUAGCCACUUUCUAGUGUCUACGAACCAGCCGUACAAUGCCGCUUCGCCUGUUCGCGCUCCUAGUCCGAGCUGCAGGCUGCACGCUCGACCGACGAGCCUGUCGUCGACCGGUGGCACGCUUCAACACGUCCUAUGCCAGCCGCGCCACCCCCACGACAGGCUUUCGUCCGUCUCUACGACGAGGUUCAACGGGGUUCUACGUAGCCGAAAAAUAAAUCCGGUCCAACGGGGAGGCUUGCUUCGCGCGAUCCUAAUCGCGCCCGCCGACACACCAUCCGCUUCGCCGAACAUCCUUAAAACGCAUCCGGAAGAUCGUCUACCCAGAAGAGACACAUCGCGAUCGAACUCUGUUACCUCGUGUCUCAGCGAUAUUUAAGUUCGCGAGUCGCCAGUGACGCGGUGUUUCGCCCGCUUCCGGCGAUCUAAACCGCCCGAUAUUCCGGUGCCCGAGAGUGCGUAAUUCGUGUACGGCCAACCGAAUCCGUCCGUCCAUCCAUUCGUUCGUUGUGCAUCGCUAUGAUCGCGGUGCGAGUGAAGAAGAAAAUGAGAUGAGAUAAUGAAAAAACGAGUGCGAGAGGACGUUUUGGUGCGUCGCGUCGCGUCGCGGACAGAGCCCGACGGACGGACGGGGUGGCCGUACGGAGCAAAGCGAAUGGAACGCAGCUAAAGGCGAAGAGCGGUGUGUUCGAGCGGGAUUUGUCCGAAGCAAACCCGCCGGAUGAUGUAACAUAAGUAAAUAUGGACUGUAAAUAAUGUACUAGAUAAAGCUAGUAAGUUAAGUGAGAGAGCGCGCAUCGUGGUCGUUUUCUUCGUCGUCGCCUUAGCCGUCGCCAUCGCAAUCAUCGUCGCCGCCGCUGUCGUCGUCGUCGUCGUCUUCACCCUCUUUGCUGGACCGGACGAAACGGAUUGGACAUCUUGGAGGCAACGGGAUCGGAAUGAAAACUGGAGAGAACGGUGUGGCGCGACGAAGUAAACGACUAAAAAAAGACAAAGAAAUUCGCAAUGAGGGACAAGACACGCGUUUAAACGGGGAACUCGCGCGUGUCGGAAAAUGUGUGCCGAAUCCUAGCGACAGCAGAAACCCCUCGCAAUGAAAAACCCCUUCUGUAAAAAGAGUAAGUAUGUAAACAUAUAAAUAUAUAUAUAUAUAUAUAUAUAUAAACAAAGAUAUAUAUUAUAUAUACAUACAAAUGAAUAUAAAUAUUAUAUAUAUAUGAAUAUAAAUAUAAAAAAGUCUAUGUAUAUGAGAGAGAAAUUUAUAGCGACGUCGAAAAAGGUUGUAGCUAAUAUUAUAAUUACAUACUGCGAUUGUUUAUCAUCGUCGAGGCACCGUUUCGCGAGUAAACUGUUGUAAACGACAAUAGAUCCGUCAUUUAUAAUUUGUCAUUGCUACGAUGAUUUUUAUUAUUAUUGCUAAUUAUAUUAUUCGUCAUCCUUUAUUGUCAUUUAUUAUUAUUAUUCUUUAUUAUUGCGAUUAUUAUUAACAUUGCUAUUAUUAAUGUUAUUACCAUUCUGUUGCCCGGAGGCUAAUCGUGGAGCGAGAAUCUUGCGUUUUCCGUCGCCACCGGGCAUCGAACGCGCUCCUCUUUCUCUUUUUCUCUUUCUCCACUUUUAUUAUUUUCGUUUAUUCAAUUAUUAGCCGGGUUAAACGUUUUCCUGAUCCGUUUCUCUUCUCUCAGCUUCUUUCGAUCGGUUCCGCGACACGAAAUUUUAUUUUGAUUUUCCAGCGUAACGGUAUUUUUCCGGGAAACAUCCGCGUAGAAAUGGACGUUCUCGCUCCGCGAUUGGCAACGGGAUUCGUAUCGGCAUUAAAUUUCAUCCGCGAUGGAAAAUAUUUGCGUUGUUUUUCCGCGAGUUGGUCAGCUCUCGGCGUCGCGAUGGCUGACUCGUCACUAUUUCCCUCCGUUUCUUCGAUCUACUGUACAUACGCUAAGGAUUAAGACGUCGUCGCGACGCGUGCGAAUCGGAAUUGUUCGGAAAAGAAUUCGUCGAAAGGGAUACGGUUUGCGAACGCGAGGAACCUCGUUCGAUCUUUGCGUUUCCCAUCAAAAUUUCAACAGAACGAAUUAUACUUAUCUGUAUACUCGCGUUUUAAAUUUGUCCCGUGUAUUUUAUGGUCGUGUUAAAGGACGAGACUCGAUCGCGGAUUGAACGAGCACGGUUACAGGGUAGAAUUCGUGUCAGGAAUGUCCAACUUGUCGCGACAAAGGGUCGCGGCCACCCUCUCGAUAUUUCCUGGGGUCUGGAAUUCAUCCUCUGGACAACCGGUGAGUCGUUGUUCCAUCUCGAUGUUCCAUCUCCCAUCGCGUUGUCGUCCGUUGUAAACGAGCCACGUUUAAAAAAGCAUAAACCUCCCUCGCUAUUAGGAUGGUUGGAUAGUUCCGAGUGCGACGUUGUCCUUUCGACGACUCUAUUCGAAGAGAAAAUUAAGAGACGAGACGUUGGGCCGACGGUGGAGGAAAAUUUUGGAAAUCGUCGUAAGGGUAAAACGUUCCUCAACAAUGUUCCAAAGACCGCUAGUUUUCCCUCUUUAAUGAUACGUUCGCGUUUAACGACAACACCCUCGUUAGGCUCUCUAGAAUAUUUCUUUCGAAAAAAUUGCAGACAUCCUAUAGUCUUGUUUCGUUUCUUUAAUUUCUCAAGGCUGAUCGAUCGUUACGCUUUCUUUGGCUCGCGGUGUCGACGUUUCCUGCAGGGAUUACGCGCGUUAUCGGUGACACGGUUUCCGCGAUUAUUUGCUCAACUGGUCCGACCGUCGGUGCUCUAUUCGAGCCCGGUGGUCUCGAUCGGAACGUAGAAACGAAGAAGGAAAGAAUAGAAGAGAACGCGUGAAUCUUUGCUAGCAAAGGUGUCUAUUAUUCGCGUUUGGCGCCGCGCGAACGAAAGGGAGAGGCGAGAAGAGAAAGGAAAGAGGCGCGAUUGAGAGUUUGACAGCGAGGAAGAAGGUCGACGUAGCAGGGUAAUUAAUUUUCGCGCCGUUUCUGCGAAGGUAGCCGUUCGAUGCCCGGCGAACGAUAACGAGGACGCGUUCGACACGCGGCUUAUCAAUUAAUCGAUCCCCAGCUUAUCGGCUCAGUUUCUUUUUUUCUUUAUUUUUUUUUUUUUUUUGUUGUUGUUUCUUUUUUUCGUUUUCUGUUUUAACGAAAGAUGAGAACGAGGAGAGUGGAGAACGAGCGAGCGCGAUUCGUCGAGCAAACGAAAUCAUCUUGCGUAUACCACGUUGUUUUGUUGAUCAUCGUCCGUUCGGGGACGCGUAUCCUCUCGCGGCUUCUCGCGACGAGAGACGACUCUUUCACCGUGAUGAUUUUUUUUUUUUUUAUCGAGAAAUCGCGACAGGAUACGCGCAGGCGUUUUGUAAAUAUACGGAGAAACGAUGCGUGAAAUGAUCGGAUGAAACGGGACGGAAAUGGAAGAGUUCGGUCGAUUCGGUAUGCCGAUUUAACGAGAAAGGUAGCGUUCGAAAUUCCGCUCGUCGCCUCUUGAUCGAACUCUUCGAUUUCUGCUCGACGCAGCCACGAAAUUUUUCAUUGGCGGAUCAAGCAGUGAGAACAUGAGCGACUGUGAAUCUGUGCGAGUGCGUGUGUGCCGGUGUAGUUGAAAGAAAGAGAAGAAAGAAAAAAAAGGUGUGUUGUAAAGAUUACUUUAGCCGUACGCAAAUCAGGCGUUACACGCGAGCAGAACAGGACCGAAACGAAAAGAAACGCGAAAAAAAAAAAAAUAACUGUAAACAUCUCCUCCUUCUCCCUGUAUAUUAUUAUAAUUAAACAUUAAUUAUUAUUAACGUAAAAUAAAGAUCUGGCGAAUGGUGGUGACACGUUUUGUUAGAAUGGCAGAAACUAAAUUACUACUGAAUUUUAAUUAAUAAACGACAUGAAAGUAA